AACGAUAACACCUACACCCGAUAUCGGAAAGGCUAUUCAGUGUUGAAUGUGUGAUGGACGCGGAAGAAGACGACAAGAAAACCGAGUCCCAAUGGACACACAAGGUUCUCGCGACAGUGGAAAUGUUCCUGGCACGCUUCCUGAAAGGGUUUACAAGCGGAGCUGUCCUGUACGGAGGUGUGAUGGGCGUGUCGGCUCUCGUGCGUAACCCCUUCCGAGAAAGAUUUCCUGAUAUUCUUGAGCAGAUGUUCUCGAAGGACUGUCUCAGAUUUGCUGGCUUCCUUGGUCUAUACCCCAGCACUUACGAACUCGUCAGGGAGAUCUUACAGGAAAAGAGGAAUUCAAAGGAUGGAUGGAACAAUUGCAUUGCUGGUGGUCUGGCCGGUCUGACUAUAGGCGUGGAGGAUCCCGGUCGACGGCUUGUCUAUACGCUCUUCGCCGUGUCUCGUGCCUUCGGAGCCUUGAUAUCUACCCUGGUCACGAGGGAAAAGAUACCAGAAAUUCCAUACAGCGAGACGUUGCUGUUCAGUGUGUGUUGUGGCUUUCUGGUGCACUGUGUGGCCCUACGCCCAGAUCUCCUUCAUAAGGGUUACUACUACUCAGUACUCAAGUGGUCACGUGACUACAAUGACAAAACUCUACAGAAACUUUUCAGAGACUCGGGUGACAGGUUCCUCUCUUGCCAGGAGGCUGGUCUACACUCAGACUCCUGUACCAAACACGCCUUCAAAGACAUGAUAUACAGUAUUCCCUCAUUUGCCAAACUGUAUUUGCCGAUACAUUUAGCACCUAUUAUCAUAUUUAGGCAUAAACUGGUCGUUAAAAGGCCGAAGGUAGUUCUGAAAUCAUUGCUGAAAAAUGUCAUCUUUUCAACUUCAUUUCUGGCUUCCAUGGUGAUGCUUGCGAAAUAUACUAUCUGUCUGCUGAGGAACUUGAAUAAGAAGCCCCCUCCGCUGGCCAGUUACAUCCCUGUGGCGGGAGGACUUGUAUGCGGCCUUAGUGUUCUCUUAGAACGUGCAAAUCGUCGCAAGGAACUGUCUCUGUUUUUGAUACCCCACACAUUAUAUGCAUUAUACACGUAUAUAAAAGGUACCAGACUGUCGUCCAGGAUAGAUAUGCCUUAUGGAUCCGUCUUUCUUUAUGCCAUAUCAAUGAUCUCAAUAAUGCACGCGUACGAGCGUGAGCCACAGUCUCUCUCCCUCCUCCUGAACGGCAUUCUGCGAUAUUUCGUGGGUGAUAUAAAAAAUCCCAUCGUCCGACCUCGAAAAAGGAUCAGGCAAUUGAGUGACAUCUUCGCAUGAUCGGAUAAUUUACUACGAUAAUUAGACUUGUCGUGUAUGUUCAUCAGAUUGAGAACGCUUAAUAGAAACGUACAAUGUAUUCAAGAGAUUAUAUAGAAUUGUUAGUUCAAAUCAACAAUGUAAAGUAUGCACUGAUAUGUAUUCUAUACAAUAGGACCGAAUUCAUAGGAAAUUGAAAUAUCUUUCAUAAUAUUAGCUUUUAUAACGACGCAGAUAAGUCGGCGGAUCCAUCACAUUGUUGGGCUGCUCAACACACCAUUUUAUAAAGAAUUAUAGCAAACUGGUAUUAUUUGCUUUUUGAUUACACUGUCUGGUUCUCGAACCUUUUAUUAAACCCUUCUGGUAAUAUUUCCAUUUUUUUCAUUAUGCAUUUCUGGUAAGAUCCUCGAUCUUUUUCAUUACACAUUUCUGGUGAUUUCUCGAUCUUUUUGAUUACACGGUUCUGAUUAUUCCUCGAUUAUUUUGAUAAACAUUUCUUCAAUUCGAUCACCAAUGUAACAUGUUUUAAUGGAGCAGUAUAACAAUGUAACAUGUUAGUGGAAUAGUAUUACAAUGUAACAUGACUUAGUGAAACAGCAUGACAAUUUAACAUUUUUUAGUGGAACAAUAUGACAAUGUAACACGUUUUAGUGGAAGAGUAUGACAAUGUGACAUUUUUUAGUGGAACAGUAUGACAAUGUAUCGUGCUUUAGUAGAGCAGUAAAACAAUGUAACAUGUUUUAGUGUAACAGUAUAACAAUGUAACAUGUUUUAGUGUAACAGUAUAACAAUGUAACAUGUUUUAGUGGAGCAGUAUGACAAUGUAACAUUUUUCAGUGGAUCAGUAUUACAAUAUUACAUGAUUUGUCGAGCAUUUUACCAAUUCAAGUUACGCAGAGUUGUUCUUGUUAGUUAGAACUCCCUAGAAAAUGGGAGACAGGGAAAGAAAAAAAUGAAAGAUAGAGAGGGAGAAGGAGUUCGUGAGAAUAUUACAAAGCAUUUUCAUUCAUUAGCAUUUGAGUAUAUAUCUGGGAACACUACAAUAUGUGACAAUAUUAUCGUUAUCAUUCUUAUAUUUUAAGGGAUUUUUACACUACAUUAAGUUUACACAAAUAUACAUCGUAUUCACUUGUAAAGAGAUGAUCCAUGGACGAAACAUUAGAGUGAAAAAUAUGACAACAGUUGUUGAAUAACAUUAACAUUGUUAAUAAAUCAAAUCUUACUUUUUUCGCUCUCUCCACCGCACGUCAAAAACACGAGAGUGCGAAAACGCGACGGCGAGGGAGCGAAAACGCGAGAGUGCGAAAACACGACGGUGACGGAGCGAAAUCGCGAUGGCCUGAGUGCGAGAUUAAUCUCGCCAUUUUGUCGUCGCGUUUUCGCAUAUUCUCGCAUUUUCGACCUAAGGCCGAGGGAGCGAGAAUGCGAUAUCUGAUAUUUGGCCCUAACGAGCCACCAUAGAGAUAUCCGGACAAUAUAAAAACUAUAACACUUAUCUAGUAAUCUGAUUAACUGCACUAUCGUCAAACCAAAUCAUUUAAGGAUCCAAUGCCAGCGAUGGUGCAGUUGUGUAUACAUUACCAGGCACAUUUGAGGUAUUCUCUUUGUGUCUGUCGUACAAUCAUUUGUAACACAACACCAUAUGGUUUACAAUAGUUAAUUUUAUUUGUACUUCGCGUUAUGUCUGCUUGCUUAUAAAGUUUAUCAAUUCCAUGACCAUUGUUCGCUCUCACCUCACCUCCGCGCGUCCUCUCUUCUCCCUCUCCCUUCCGUUUACAUCGUAAUCUAUUUAUUAACAUCCCAGACAAAGAUGUAAGAAUCGUGUCUAUUAUAUAUCAUGACAUUCUUUUGAUACUAUUGUUGGUAUGGUAAAUAAGCAUGUAUUGUUAAUUGUCUACGUGCCUGUAAUUAUGUAAAGAGUAUACAAUCUACCUAUCUAUAUGCCCUGUAUAUUGACUAGUCCUCCCUUAUAAUCCUCAAUUCCACAAUUGGCUAGUACAUACGCGAUCGAUCACUAAUAUAUAUAUAUAUACAUAUAAGGA